UUGCCACUUUCUCUGCCUCUCUCGCUCUCUCUGUUUUUUGCUCUGUUUCUGUUUCUGCGUUGCGUCUCUGUCUUUCAACACCAAUAACAAUGGCAGAGACGCUACCAAAGACAGAAUUGUCUGGUUCAGCUGCAGCUGAGGUACCAUCAAACGACGUCGUAGAAACAACAACAACAACAACAACGGUUGUUGAUGAAUCUAAAGCUCUUGUUGUGGCUCAACCUGAAAUUACACCAGUUCCCUCAAAAAAGCUAGCUUCAAGAGGAUCCCUUGAUAGGGAUGUUGCUUUAGCAGAAGUUGCCAAAGAGAAAAAGUUAUCUUAUGUGAAGGCAUGGGAAGAAAGUGAAAAAGUCAAAGCAGAUAACAAAGCUCAAAAACACUUCUCUUCCAUUGCUGCUUGGGAAAACAGCAAGAAGGCAGCUCUUGAAGCUGAGCUGAAAAAAAUUGAGGAACACCUAGAGAGAAAGAAAGCACAAUAUGGUGAAGAAAUGAAAAACAAGAUAGCCAUAAUUCACAAGGAAGCAGAGGAGAAGAGGGCAGUAAUUGAAGCCAAACGUGGUGAAAUGGUUCUUAAGGUGGAGGAAAUGGCUGCUAAAUACCGUGCAACCGGAACCACUCCAAAGAAGACUACCAUUGGAUGCUUUUGAAUAUUAUUCUUUUUUUAUUUUUUAAAUUAUUUUUUAGCAGCACAUAUUGUCUAUAUUGGCUUGAUGUCAAUAUGCUUGUGUGCAAGAAAACUGUCCACAGAAAAAACAACCUUUUAAAUUGCCUCUUGUAGUUCAUAGGCAUUAAUGAAGUGUUUGAUUGUGGUUUUAAUCAUGAGUUUAUUCAUGUUAUUUACUAUUUA